CGAGUAACGCUGUGUGUGGGAGGAACAUCUGGGGGCGGCUGUGCAGGAAGCGGCACAGGGGAGACGGGACCCACCGACAGCAGCACAGACUGUUCCUGGGAGAGGCAGGUAGGUGACUCCAGUGCACCCACCUAUACACCUGGAAGAUGGCCUCUGAGUGUGUGAAAGUGAUUGUACGGUGCCGGCCCAUGAACGAGCGUGAGAAAGACCUGAGCUGCCAGACAGUGGUCACCAUUGACUGCAGCCGGGGACAGUGCUUCAUCCGGAAGCCUGAAGGGGGCGAGGAGACCCCUAAACAGUUCACCUUUGAUGGGGCGUACUACACGGACCACUGCACUGAGCAGAUCUAUAAUGAAAUCGCCUUCCUUUUGGUUGAGGGCGUGACGGAGGGCUACAAUGGAACCAUCUUUGCGUACGGCCAGACUGGCAGUGGGAAAUCGUUCAGCAUGCAGGGCGUCCCAGACCCUCCCGCGCAGAGGGGCAUUAUCCCCCGGGCAUUUGAACAUAUCUUUGAAAACAUUCAGUGCGCAGAGAACACCAAGUUCUUGGUCCGAGCUUCCUAUCUAGAGAUCUACAACGAGGAGAUCCGGGACCUCCUUGGAGAGGACACCAAGCAGAAGCUUGAGCUGAAGGAGCAUCCGGACAGGGGUGUGUAUGUGAAGGCUCUGUCAUUACACACCGUGCACAGCGUUGCGGAGUGCGGGAAGAUCAUGGACACCGGCUGGAGAAACCGCUCCGUAGGUUACACGCUGAUGAAUAAAGACUCUUCUCGUUCACACUCCAUAUUUAUAAUCCACAUAGAGAUUUGUACGACAGAUGAGAACGGGGAGGAUCAUCUCCGAGCCGGGAAGCUCAAUCUGGUAGAUCUGGCCGGCAGCGAGAGACAGUCCAAGACCGGCGCCACAGGAGAGCGGCUCAAAGAAGCCACCAAAAUAAACCUGUCCCUCUCCGCCCUGGGCAACGUUAUCUCAGCGCUAGUGGACGGGAAGUCCAAGCAUAUUCCCUACCGGGACUCCAAGCUGACCCGCCUGCUCCAGGACUCGCUGGGAGGCAACACAAAGACCCUGAUGGUGGCGUGUUUAUCGCCCGCCGACAACAACUACGACGAGACCCUCAGCACCCUGCGCUACGCCAACAGAGCCAAAAACAUCAAGAACAAGCCACGCAUCAACGAGGACCCCAAGGACGCCCUACUGAGGGAGUACCAGGAGGAGAUCCGGAAACUGAAAGCCAUGCUCACUGAGCAGUCCGACAUUAAAGUACUUCCAGCACCUGAGAAGCUGUUGGUGACGCCAGCCCAGCCAGACCAGAACGGACAUGGCGCUGAUGUGGAGGCUGAGAAACAGAUGAUCCGACAGGAGUACGAGGAGAGGUUUGCUCGGCUGAAGGCGGAAUACGAAGCUGAGCAGAAGUCCCGAGCGCGCCUGGAGGACGACAUCAGCAAUCUGCGCAACUCGUAUGACCAACAACUGGCCACCGUGGAGGAGGACCUGAAAAAGAGAUCAGGUGUCAUUAUGAAUGGUGUAAGAACAAGGCCGGGGAGCUCGGCAGAAGUGUCAGGAAUCCAGCCAGAGGCAGCACAGUCACCGGUGGCCAUGCAUCUCAGCAGCGUGAGGAGAGACACCGCCCCUGCCGCACCGAUCCCACCAGAGGAGGCCGCGGCGUCCGUCAGCCCCCAGCAAGUACUUGCCAGGCUGCAGAUCCUGGAGCAGCAGGUUGUUGGGGGUGAACAGGCCAAAAACAAGGAGCUGAAGGAGAAGCAGAAGCGCAGGAAGAGAUACGCGGACGAGAGGAAGAAAGACCUGAUAGCUGCACUGACAAACAUAGACGAGGAGAGCGGUGACCGGAUCCUGCUCAACGUCUACGACUCCAUUCAGGAGGAGCUGCAGGCCAAGAGCAAGCACCUGGAAAAGAUGCAGAAAAAGCUGAAAGCCGCAGAGGUUGAAAUUGAAGAUCUCCAUUCGGAAUUUGAACGGGAUAGAGAUGACUACCUGGUCACCAUCCGCCGGCAGGAAAGAGAUCUCCUCCUCUUCCAGCAGAUUCUUGAUCAGGUUCAGCCUCUCAUCCGUAGAGACUGUAAUUACAGCAACCUGGACAGAAUCCGGAAAGAUGCGUUAUGGGAUGAGGACAGCGGCAGCUGGAAGAUCCCAGAGCUUGUCAUGCAGAGGACCAGUCUUCCCACAGCUCCAGGUCUUCCAUCAGCGAAUGCAAAGAAGGCGCCAUCAGCAGAAAACGGAGAGCACCAGCUGGGAGAAGACCGAUACAGGGUAAUGCUCACCAAAAGCGACAGUGAAAACCUCGCAAGCAAUUACUUCAAGUCCAAACGAGCCAGCCAAAUUCUCAGUGCGGAUCCGAUGAAGAGCCUCGCUCUGCACAGCACUUCCCCAGCGUACACGGCUCCGAUCAGCAAUGCUACUUCCAUCCUGAGUGCCAGCGUCAACUCUGUGUCCCCACUACAGUCCAUGGAGGUGCCUUUACCUCGCCCAUUUAGACUGGAGUCCCUGGAGAUCCCUGUCACAUCUGCCAAAACCAGACGGAAGAAGAGCAAAUACUGAGCCACGCUGGAGCCCUUGUUACAGCCAAUUAAAACAUGGUUCUUAA